GCAACAGCUACCAGCCGAAGCCUCAAGCGACCCCGCCAAUUCUCCAUUUGAUCCCCCGCCACACGACCUCGACACAGACAGCAACACCAGACAAUUCGGCCGGCUGCCGAUAUAAUGGGUAGCGUCUCGUUCACCGAAGAUACAAAGCUGCCCCAGGAUACCCCGAUUGUCGAAGAGGAGAGCUCCGUGUUCCCCUACCAAGAUGGCCCCGAGAACAAGUCGUGGGCGGGCACGCUGCCCUUGAAGCAGGGUCUGUAUGACCCGGAGCUCGAGAAGGAUGCUUGUGGUGUCGGUUUCGCUGCCCAUAUCAAGGGCAAGGCGAGCCACAAGAUCAUCUCCGAUGCUCGAUCGCUGCUAUGCAACAUGACCCAUCGAGGCGCCGUGGGUUCCGAUGCCCGAGACGGAGACGGCGCCGGUGUCAUGACCUCGAUACCCCAUCGAUUCUUCAUGAAGGAGUUCGGGCGGGAGCAAGGCUUCAAGCUGCCGGAGCGGGGCCAGUACGCCACUGGUAACCUCUUCUUCAAGCCGGAUCCAUCCGCGUUGGACGAGACGAAGGCGAUGUUCGAGGACGUGGCAGAUCAGCUGGAUUUGAGAGUGCUCGGGUGGCGAAUAGUACCUCGAGACUCCACGCUCCUUGGUCCGGCAGCCUUGUCGAGGGAGCCAAUCAUUCUUCAGCCAUUUGUCGUGCUCAAGGAUGCAUACGGAGAGGGCCGGGAGCCGAAGCCAGACUUCGAUCAAACAUUCAACAGUGGAUAUUUCGAGCGACAGCUCUACGUGCUACGAAAGCGUGCCACCCACGUCAUCGGCCUGCAUAACUGGUUCUACAUUUGCUCACUGAGUAAUAAGAACAUUGUUUACAAGGGUCAGCUCGCUCCAGUCCAGGUAUACGAAUACUACCAUGACCUGGUUUCCGUCGACUACGAGGGCCACUUCGCGUUGGUGCACUCGCGAUUCUCGACGAACACCUUCCCUAGCUGGGACCGCGCUCAGCCGCUCCGAUGGGCAGCUCACAAUGGUGAAAUCAACACGUUGCGAGGCAACAAGAAUUGGAUGCGAGCUCGAGAGGGCGUCAUGAAGUCGGAACUCUUCGGCGACGACCUAGACCUCCUCUAUCCGAUCGUCGAGGAUGGUGGUUCCGACUCCGCUGCGUUCGACAACGUCCUCGAACUGCUUGUGAUCAACGGCGUUCUUUCUCUGCCUGAAGCAGUCAUGCUCAUGAUUCCAGAAGCAUGGCAGGGUAACCACUCGAUGGAUCCCGCCAAGCAAGCCUUCUACGAAUGGGCUGCUUGCAUGAUGGAGCCCUGGGACGGCCCAGCUCUCUUCACGUUCUCUGACGGACGAUACUGCGGUGCCAACUUGGAUCGAAAUGGUCUUAGACCUUGCCGAUACUAUGUUACCGAUGACGACCGAAUCGUCUGCGCCUCCGAGGUCGGCACUAUCUCUAUCGAGCCUGAGCGCGUUGUGCAGAAAGGCCGUCUCCAGCCCGGAAAGAUGUUGCUCGUCGACACUGUUGCUGGCCGCAUCGUCGAUGACACUGAGUUGAAGCAGACGGUUGCCGCUCGGCACGACUUCCAGUCAUGGGUCGAGAAGAAUCUGCUCACCUUACCGAAGGUCAAGCAGCAGCUUAGCGAGAAAGGUUUUGACCUCGCUCAUACUCUGACCGAGACACGGGUCCAGGAAGAUCCUCGGCUGAGAGCUUUUGGAUACUCGCUCGAGCAGGUUACUUUGAUUCUUGCCCCCAUGGCUGCCGACUCGAAGGAGGCUCUUGGAUCCAUGGGCAACGAUGCUCCGCUGGCGUGUCUGGCACAACAACCCCGCUUGAUGUUCGAAUACUUCCGACAGCUAUUCGCCCAGGUUACCAAUCCCCCGAUCGAUCCCAUUCGUGAAGCCAUCGUCAUGUCGCUGGAAGCCUACGUCGGCCCUCAAGGCAACCUUCUGGAAAUGGAAGAGUCACAGUGCAACCGCUUGCUCCUUCCCUCGCCUAUCCUUGAUGUCGAGGAAUUCAAGGCCUUGACCAACACGUCUGUGCUACAUCCCGAGUGGAAGGUCAAGUACAUCGACAUCACUUUCUCGAAGAGCGAGGGUGUUCAGGGCUACAUGGAUGCUCUUGACCGCAUCUGCGAAGGUGCCACCGAGGCCAUUUCCGAUGACGAUAAUAUCAUUGUGUUGUCGGACCAGGCAACCUCUGCAGAUCGAGUCCCGGUCUCUACCUGUAUGGCUACCGGUAUGGUCCACCAUCACCUCGUCCGGAACAAGUGGCGUUCACGAGUUGCUCUCGUUGUUGAGACUGCUGAAGCCCGCGAGGUCCAUCACAUGUGCGUCCUUGUUGGCUACGGAGCUGAUGCCAUCUGCCCGUAUCUCGCCAUUGAGUGCAUCUUGAAGAUGCACCGUGAGGGUCUCAUCCGCAAGAAGAUGUCUCCCCAACAGCUUAUCGACAACUACAAGCAUUCUUGCGACGGUGGUAUUCUCAAGGUCAUGAGCAAGAUGGGCAUCUCUACCCUGCAGUCCUAUAAGGGCGCGCAAAUCUUCGAGGCACUCGGUGUCGACGACUCCGUUGUUGAUCGUUGCUUCACAGGUACCGCCACCCGUAUUAAGGGUGCCACUUUCCUGGACUUUGCGCAAGACGCGUUCGCUCUCCAUGAGAAGGGUUUCCCCACUCGCAGCAUUGUCGAUAUUCCUGGCCUCGCUGAGACUGGUGAAUACCACUGGAGAGAUGGUGGGGAGCCACACGUCAACGACCCAACCGCGAUCGCAAACAUCCAGGACGCUGUCCGAACCAAGAACGACAAGUCAUACGAGGCAUACUCUAUUGCUGAGUAUGAGCGUAUUAAGGACUGCACGCUUCGUGGCCUGCUGGAUUUCAACUUCGAAGACCGCACGCCCAUCCCGAUCGACCAAGUCGAGCCAUGGACAGACAUUGUGCGCCGUUUCUGCACUGGCGCCAUGUCUUACGGCUCCAUCUCGAUGGAGUCACACUCCACUCUCGCUGUUGCUAUGAACCGGUUGGGCGGUAAGUCCAACACUGGAGAGGGUGGUGAAGACCCAGAGCGAAGCCUUCGGUUGGAGAACGGCGAUACCAUGCGUUCGGCCAUCAAGCAGAUUGCCUCCGGCCGUUUUGGUGUCACUAGCAAUUACCUUGCUGAUGCCGACGAGCUCCAAAUCAAGAUGGCCCAGGGCGCUAAGCCCGGAGAGGGUGGUGAACUCCCGGGCCACAAAGUCUCUCAGUCCAUCGCCAAGACCCGUCACUCGACUCCUGGUGUCGGUCUGAUUAGCCCACCGCCGCACCACGACAUCUAUUCGAUCGAAGAUCUCAAGCAGCUGAUCUACGACCUGAAGUGCUCCAAUCCCCGUGCUCGCGUUUCCGUCAAGCUUGUGUCCGAGACGGGUGUUGGUAUCGUUGCUUCUGGCGUAGCCAAAGCCAAAGCUGACCACAUCCUCAUUUCAGGCCACGAUGGUGGAACUGGCGCCUCACGAUGGACUGGUAUCAAGUAUGCCGGUCUUCCUUGGGAGCUUGGUCUUGCGGAGACACACCAGACCUUGGUCCUUAACGACCUUCGUGGACGUGUCGUCGUCCAGACUGACGGCCAGAUUCGCACCGGUCGUGAUGUCGCCAUUGCCUGCUUGCUUGGUGCGGAAGAGUGGGGCUUUGCCACUGCGCCUCUCAUCGCUAUGGGAUGCAUCAUGAUGAGAAAAUGCCACCUUAACACCUGCCCUGUCGGUAUCGCUACCCAGGACCCCGAGCUCCGGAAGAAGUUCGUUGGCACGCCCGAGCAUGUCAUCAACUUCUUCUACUAUGUCGCCAAUGAACUCCGCGCCAUCAUGGCUAAGCUCGGCUUCCGCAGUGUGAACGACAUGGUCGGCCACUGCGAGGUGCUCCGCGUCCGGGAUGAUCUCCGUACCGCAAAGACGGAGAACAUCGACCUAUCUCUGAUCUUGACCCCGGCGCACACCCUCCGACCUGGCGUUGCUACCUUCAACGUCCGCAAGCAAGACCACCGACUCCACGUCCGCCUCGAUAACAAGCUCAUUGCAGAGUCUGAGCUCGCGCUUGAGAAGGGUCUCCCGGCGCGCAUUGAGUGCGACAUUGUCAACACAGACCGAGCCUUAGGCGCCACUCUAUCGUACCAUAUCAGCCGCCGUUAUGGUGAGGCUGGCUUGCCCCAAGACACCAUCCAUGCCAACAUUCGCGGCUCCGCCGGUCAGUCCUUCGGUGCGUAUCUGGCUCCGGGUAUCACGCUUGAGCUCGAAGGUGACGCCAACGACUACGUUGGCAAGGGUCUCUCUGGUGGUCGUCUCAUCAUCUAUCCACCUCGCACGGCGUUGUAUAGGGCUGAGGAGAAUAUCCUCAUCGGCAACGUCUGCCUGUAUGGCGCCACGAGCGGCGCUUGUUACUUCCGCGGUGUAGCUGCAGAGCGCUUCUGCGUACGCAACUCUGGUGCCACCGCCGUAGUUGAGGGUGUUGGUGAUCAUUGCUGUGAAUACAUGACUGGCGGCCGGGUCAUUGUUCUCGGGUCUACCGGCCGUAACUUUGCCGCCGGUAUGUCUGGUGGUAUCGCUUACGUCCUUGACAUCCACCAGGACUUCGAGCAGAAGGUCAACCAGGAGAUGGUCGAGCUCUCCGGUAUCGAAGAUCCUCAGGAGAUCGCCUUCGUUCGCGGUCUGAUCGAAGACCACCACCACUACACCGGCUCUGAGCUCGCUGCUCGCAUCUUGCUCGAUUUCAACCGCGCGUUGCCGCGCUUCGUCAAGGUCAUGCCAGUUGACUACAAGCGGGUUCUUAUGGAGGAGGCGGCUAAGGAGGCAGAGAAAAAGAAGAAGGAAUACCCUCUUCCUAUUCUCCCGGGCAACGCCGUGCGGUCUGCCCAUGAAGAGUCUCGCCAAGCACAGCAGGACGCUGAGGCGAAGGAAAAGAAGAAGAACGACCUUCUUGACAUCGAGGAGAGUGUGACUGACGCCAAGGCUGAGAAAAAGAAGGCACUCGUUCUCGACAAGACGCGAGGGUUUAUGAAGUACCAGCGCCGCUCUGAGAAGUACCGCAACCCUAGGACUCGCACUCGUGAUUGGCAGGAGCUGUCCCAGCGACUGAACGAAGACGAGCUCAAGUACCAGACGGCUCGUUGCAUGGACUGCGGUGUGCCAUUCUGCCAGUCGGACACUGGCUGCCCCAUCUCCAACAUCAUUCCCAAGUGGAGUGAACUGGUGUUUCGUAACCAGUGGCGGGAUGCCCUUAACCGUCUGCUCAUGACGAACAAUUUCCCCGAGUUCACUGGCCGCGUCUGCCCUGCUCCUUGCGAGGGUGCCUGCGUUCUAGGUAUCAACGAGGAUCCUGUUGGCAUCAAGUCAAUCGAAUGUGCCAUCAUCGACCGGGGCUUCGAGAUGGGCUGGAUGGUGCCAUCGCCACCCCAAAACCGCACUGGCAAGAAGAUUGCUGUCGUCGGUUCUGGCCCAGCUGGUCUUGCUGCUGCUGAUCAACUCAACAAGUGCGGCCACACUGUCACGGUCUAUGAGCGCGCUGACCGCAUCGGUGGUCUAUUAAUGUAUGGCAUUCCCAACAUGAAGCUCGACAAGAAGGUCGUCCAGCGCCGUGUCGACUUCAUGGCCUCUGAGGGCGUCAACUUCGUGACUGGCGUCGCCGUGGGUGCAGAGGGUCAGUCAACGUUGGAGUCUCUUCGUGCGGAGAACGACGCUGUGGUCAUCGCCACUGGAGCAACUGUUGCCCGUGACCUUCCCAUCCCCAACCGCAACCUUGAGGGCGUCCACUUCGCUAUGCAGUUCCUGCACAAGAACACUAAGUCCCUCCUUGACUCCAACCUCACGGAUGACACCUACAUCUCUGCGAAGGACAAGCACGUCGUUGUCAUUGGUGGUGGUGACACGGGUAACGACUGCAUUGGUACAUCAGUUCGCCAUGGUGCCAAGUCCGUGGUGAACUUCGAACUCCUUCCACAGCCCCCGCCAGAGCGUGCUCGCGAUAAUCCCUGGCCACAGUGGCCCCGCAUCUACCGUACCGACUACGGACACUCCGAAGUCAAGACUCAUAUGGGCAAGGAUCCACGUGAGUACUGUGUGAUGUCCAAGGAGUUCGUCGACGAUGGCAACGGCCACGUCAAGGGUAUCAAUACGGUCCGCGUCGAGUGGACCAAGUCGGCGACCGGAGGUUGGGACAUGAAGCAGGUUGAGGGUAGUGAGGAGUUCUUCCCGGCCGACCUCGUCCUUCUGUCUAUGGGGUUCUUAGGUCCUGAGGAGCGCGUGCUUGCCGACAUUGUUGAGCGCGACGCCCGCAAAAACGUCAAGACGACACCAGGCCACUACAACACCAACCUCACUGGCGUGUUUGCUGCAGGCGACUGCCGUCGUGGCCAGUCUUUGAUUGUCUGGGGCAUCAACGAAGGCCGACAGUGCGCUCGCGACGUCGACUCCUUCCUCACUGGCGUCGGCACCCAGCUUCCUGUUACUGGCGGCAUCGUUAAGCGACCGCCCUAUGAGCUUCUUACCAAGGCUAACGGAGCCCCGAAGGAGUUGAUUACGGCUGCUGCAUAGAGACUUUUGGAAAGAGACGCUUAAAAAUGUGGCAUGAUCAAGAAUAAUGAGCUGAUGUAUUCAAAGCAUGAUUUUAUGUGGCUUUUCCGCGGUCUAUGGUUUAUAUCUUUGGGCAUUUUCCUCUCGUUAGCUGCAAGAUACCUUUUUCAUUCCAAGUUGACGGAGUCAUUUGGGCGGCAUUUGCAGUGUAAAUUUACAGUAUCCCUUCGUAGUAGAUAUUGUUAUGUACGACAAAUAGCGGGUCUGGUUAU